AUGGAGGAGGAGGACUUGGUGGCCUUAUGGGAGGUGGCGGACACCACGGUGGAGGAGGUUUUGGAGGACAUCACGGAGGGCACCACGGGGGUGCGUUUAGGAGACAUCAUGGGGGAGGAAGAUGGUGAGUUGUUAUCAAUGGUGGAAGUAAUGAGAUUAGGAUCCUUCAUGGUUAUACGGUAUUUUACGAUCUACGUUAUGGGUUAUGCGUGUGUCUUUGAGCCUCAGCGUUAUGUAUGUGGAAUUAAAAUAGAUCUUCAGUUAAUAUGCCUUCUUGAGGCAAGUGACAAUGUCUUCGCUCUUGAUAAGGGUGUCCUCGUCCCCUAA